GCUGUCAAGUAAAAACGCCUCUGAGAUCUCUCCCAUCCCUGACGCAAAGGAAGCAAAAAUGGCGGUACCGUUGCUAACGAAGAAGGUGGUGAAGAAGAGGUCUGCCAAGUUCAUCAGACCCCAGAGCGACCGUAGAAUCACCGUCAAGGAAAGCUGGAGGAGGCCAAAAGGUAUUGAUUCCAGAGUUAGGAGGAAGUUCAAAGGUGUCACUUUGAUGCCCAAUGUUGGUUACGGAUCCGACAAGAAGACCCGUCACUAUCUCCCCAACGGUUUCAAGAAAUUCGUCGUUCACAACUCUGCCGAUCUUGAGUUGCUCAUGAUGCACAACAGGACGUACUGUGCGGAGAUUGCUCACAAUGUUUCGACGAAGAAGAGGAAAGCAAUUGUUGAGAGAGCUUCUCAGCUAGACAUUGUCGUUACCAACAGGCUUGCUAGGUUGCGUAGCCAGGAAGACGAGUAAAAAAUUAAGCCCUAGGGUUUACUUUUCAUCUCUCAUUGACAAUUUCAGACCGUUUUUUUUUUAAUUUUGCGUAUUAAGUUUGUUUUAUUCAUAAUCUGUUUUACAUUCGAUAAUACAGUUUCAUAUAUUUAAAAGUAAAACAUUGAACCGAA